AUGUUCGGUGCCUACGUCUUCGACGACAACGCUGCUACAUACGGCGUCACAGCACGCGAUGCAGAUUAUGAAGUGGAGCUGAUGGACGGACUCCCGGCUUUCAUCUUGAACGCGCUGAUGCAGUGCCCUGACGUGAUGGAAGGCAGCAGACAUUGCGAUGCGGAAGAGACUGAGGAACAGACGUGGGAGCAAGCGUUGCUCGUGGUGGUUGUGGACGGUGAGGCAUGUGAGGAUGGGGGCAAGUCGGUUGAUGUUGGACUUAACGUAGUGCUCUAG